AUGCCUGAACUCAAGAAAACACCUCCGACUGCCAAAAAUCAAAAAAAUUCUACCGGAUCUGGAACUGAUUCUGAUUCUGAUGGAUCUAUUCCUGAAUUGGAAGAAUCUGGAACAAAUCAUUCAUCCGAAUUUGCAAAUGCAGGCGGCAUAGCCAUGGAUAUUUCAAAAGCAAAGCAAAGUCGGGGAGAAAAAAAAGCCAGAAAAAUUAUGUCUAAGUUGGGCUUAAAACUUAUCUCUGGAGUAACUCGUGUUACGAUUAGGAAGUCUAAGAAUAUCUUGUUUGUGAUUAGCAAACCUGAUGUAUAUAAGAAUCCGGCUUCUGACACUUACAUUGUCUUUGGAGAAGCCAAAAUUGAAGAUUUAAGUCAACAAGCUCAAGUAGCUGCUGCUGAAAAGUUUAAAACACCUCAACUUACAGUUUCAUCAGAUGGAGUGAGUAAAGUAAUGCCUAUUCAAGAAGAAUCAGAUGAAGAAGAUGUCGAUGAUUCUGGUAUUGAGGAAAAAGAUAUUGACCUGGUUGUUUCCCAAGUGAAUGUAUCAAGAAGUAAAGCUAUAAAAGCUUUAAGAAAUAAUGAUAAUGAUAUAGUUAAUGCUAUAAUGGAGCUUAAUGUAACAGAUAUUUCUGAUAAAAUUUCGGAAAAUAUUGAACUCGAAAAACUUAAAAUUGUAUUUAAAAAUGAAAUAAAUUCGAUCAGAAGGUAUGAAGAAAUCGAUAAUUUAGAUACUUUGUUGGAAGUUUUAAUCGAUAGAGAUGCGUUAACGGACGAUAUUAUUAAAAAAUUAGAUUCAGAAUAUCAAAUCUUUGCAAACAAGUUCAGAAAAUUGAGACACGAAGAAAGGAAAUUUUUGCCGCCAAACGCUGAAACACAUAGAACUACUUGGAGAGAGGUGGCAAUAUACUUGAAAUUAACUUCGUUUCAAUUGGAAACUUGUAAAAACAUAGAAAGCGUGUUGUCCUGUUUUGAAAAAAAUUGUGUUGGAAUUUCUAGUCAAGAAAUGAUAUUUAGACUAAAUCGAGCAUUGGAAAAUUUUCAUAAUAAUUAUAAAAGUUUAAAUCAACCAAAGACAUAA